AUGGAACCAUCGAGUCCAAACGCAACUCUUGUAUUUGAUGAUCUACUCCAUGUGCAAGAUGUGUUGACGGUCACAUUGAUUGGAGCGAGAGAUUUAGUUCCGAAAGAUCGAAAUGGUCUGAGUGAUCCAUAUGUCAUUACCACCUAUCAAGGUUUUUCACACAAAACAAGUGUUAAAAAAGAAACUCUCAAUCCUCAAUGGAAUGAAACCAUUUCCAUUCCAUUACAUCCAUUAGACAUUUAUUCAGAUGCUUGUAUUUAUUUCAAAGUGAUGGACAAGGAUUUGGUCAAUGAUGAUUUCGAAGGAGAUUAUACACUCAAAUUUAAAGACAUUCCAAAUCUGGAUGGAAUUCCUUUCGAGUGUAAAUUAGAAAACAUUGAACAAGGAAUUCUCUGUUUGGCAUGUCAAGUGAAAUUUCAUGCACGUACUUGCAUUUCUGACUUGAAAUUACCUUCUUCUUCUUCUAAUACUACUACAAUAUUGAGAGAACAAUUUUACAAAACCACUCGAAAUUCAUGGCUUUUAGGAAGUGUGAAAUAUCCAAUGUCACGACUCGAAAUUGAAACAGAAUUGGAAAAACACAUGUGCAACAACAAUUCCCACUCAGCAAAAACCAUUCUAUCAUCGGCCACUUCUGCCAUUGCUUCCUCCUUUACAAGUCCUAAAUCUCCCAUGUCUCCGAGAUCUCCGAGAAGAACCAGAGAUCCCAUCAAGUGGCAACAAGUUCGAAUUUCUGAAACGUUGAUGGAAAUUUUGACAGAGGCAGAAUGUUUUUAUGGAUGCAUGAUGAAUACUCCAUCAUCAGGACUUAUCGUCGAUCGAGUGAGAGUAGAAUUAGUAUUGGCUCAAGAUUUUUCACAAUCUCAUUCACAAAUAUUGGAACAUCAUUUACAACAACAAGUAUUGAAGACGAAUACAUGUACUACUGGUAUUAACACAUGGAAAAGUGUUUCUUUCAACGAGAGUUCAGAAAAAACUUUAAACAGUGAGCGGAAUCGCCGAAUGGAAUGUUUGAAACAAUUUUCAGGAGAAUUCCAAGUCAAAGAUAAGGCACAAAACUUGAGAACUACCAAAGUGAAUGGAAAGGCAUAUUCAAUACCUAUUGGAAAUUGUUCAUUACUUUCGUUUGUGUAUCUUUCAAAUUGUGGAAUGCCUUUUGAAUCUUCCUUUGAUGAAAUGGUGUUACAAAAAGCAGUACCUCCUACUCGAAACACGUUAUUUACUCCAUUGCAUUGUGAUAUUCAUGAUUCAUUGUGGCUUAAAUGGCCCUGUGGAUGGGACUUUGAAGAAGAGAGUUGUCAGUUGGUGUCUCCCAUUCAAAAAAGUGGAAAGGGAGUAGAUCGAUUCAUGGCCACGCAUCUCAUAAGCACUUCGUUCAGUAGCAGCUCUGUCUCUACAAGCAUGACGAAAAACUCAAACAUUCUCCAACAAUUGGCUCUAGAAUAUUUGCAAUCGCUCAAGUCGUCGUCUCCAGUGCGAAACGUGAAUAUUCGAAAGAACCUUCAUUCUGUGGAAAGGCCAAUAAGUGGUGGUACUACUCAACAGUCGGAGAAGGGCAGUACCGUGAGAGAUUUUGUAGAGUUUGAGAUUGAAUACAACAUGGACGAGUCAUCUUUGAAACUGUAUCGAAUAGGUAGCGUCACAAAUACGUUUGGAGAGAAUUAUUGGCUUCUUAGUUAUGAGUCUUCUUCUGAGACCUUUCCUAAUCGAGAUGUGUUUGAAUGUGUCUUGGGUCAAAUCAAAUAUGACGAAUUGAAAAUUCAAGAAUGA